GCUGUCGACGUUAUCCAUCCUGCUACUACUUUAGCUGCAUGUGCUGAGGUCGAGGGGGAAAAGUUGAGCUACGUUGCAAAGAUGCCGACAAUUACCUUACCGCCGAAAGAGAAUGCUCUCUUCAAGAGGAUUUUGCGAUGUUAUGAACACAAACAGUACAGAAAUGGACUCAAGUUCUGCAAACAGAUCCUGUCCAACCCCAAAUUUGCUGAACAUGGAGAGACAUUGGCAAUGAAGGGCUUAACCCUCAACUGUCUGGGAAAGAAGGAGGAGGCAUAUGACCUGGUGAGAAGAGGCCUGCGCAACGAUCUCAAGAGCCACGUCUGCUGGCAUGUGUACGGCCUGCUGCAGCGAUCGGACAAGAAGUACGAUGAGGCCAUCAAGUGUUACCGCAAUGCACUGAAGUGGGACAAGGACAACCUUCAAAUCCUCCGGGACCUCUCCCUGCUGCAGAUUCAGAUGAGAGACCUGGAGGGAUACAGGGAGACACGGUACCAACUGCUUCAGCUGCGUCCGGCACAGCGGGCCUCCUGGAUCGGUUAUGCUAUUGCUUAUCACCUCCUGGAGGACUAUGAGAUGGCCGCCAAAAUCAUUGAGGAGUUCAGGAAAACACAACAGACAUCUCCAGAUAAAGUGGACUAUGAGUACAGUGAGCUGCUGCUAUACCAGAACCAGGUGCUGAGGGAGGCUGGGCUGUAUAAGGAGGCCCUUGAACAUCUCUCUAACUAUGAGAAACAGAUAUGUGACAAACUGGCUGUGGAGGAGACAAGAGGAGAGCUGCUUUUGAAGCUGGAGCGUCUGGAGGAGGCCACAGAGAUCUACCAUCGCCUGCAGGAGAGGAAUCCAGAGAACUGGUCUUAUUACCAUGGUCUGGAGAAAGCCUUAAAACCUGGAAGCAUAGAGGAGAGACAGAAGAUCUACGAGGAGUCCUGGGAGAAAUUUCCCAAAGGGCUGGUUCCUCGCAGGCUGCCGCUAAACUUCUUGUCUGGUGAGAAGUUCCGAGAGUGUCUGGACAGAUAUCUAAGGAUGAACUUCAGCAAGGGAUGUCCACCUGUCUUUACCACCCUUAAGUCACUCUACCACGACAAAGAGAAGGUGGCAAUAAUAGAAGAGUUAGUUGUUGGCUACGAAACCUCACUAAAAAGCUGUCGAAUGUUCAGUCAGAAUGAUGAUGGAAAGGAAGAGCCACCAACCACCCUGCUUUGGGUGCAGUACUUCCUGGCGCAGCACUAUGACAUGAUUGGCCAACAGACACUGGCCCUAGAAUACAUCAACACAGCCAUUGAGAGUACACCCACACUCAUAGAGCUGUUUCUUAUCAAGGCCAAGAUUUACAAGCAUGCUGGGAACAUCAAGGAGGCAGCCCAGUGGAUGGAUGAGGCCCAGGCCCUGGACACUGCUGAUAGAUUCAUCAAUUCAAAGUGUGCCAAGUACAUGCUGAAAGCUGGCCUGAUCAAAGAGGCUGAAGAAAUGUGCUCCAAGUUCACACGGGAGGGUGCAUCAGCAGUGGAGAACCUGAACGAGAUGCAGUGUAUGUGGUUCCAGACCGAGUGUGCCCUAGCUUACAAGGCCAUGAAUAAGUUCGGGGAAGCCCUCAAAAAGUGCCAUGAGAUCGAAAGGCAUUUUGUAGAAAUUACGGAUGACCAGUUUGACUUUCACACCUACUGCAUGAGGAAGAUGACACUGCGCUCUUACGUGGACCUGCUGAAGCUGGAGGAUGUUCUGCGCAUGCACCCCUUCUACUACAAGGCUGCACGCACUGCCAUCGAGAUCUACUUAAGUCUCCAUGACAACCCCCUGACUGACGAUAGCAAGGAGCUCCAGGCUGACACUGCCAACCUGUCUGACAAGGAGCUUAAGAAACUGAGGAACAAGCAACGCAGGGCCCAGAAGAAGGCCCAGCUUGAGGAGGAAAAGAAGAAUGCUGAGAAAGAGAAGCAGCUCAAGAACCAGAAGAAGAGGAAGGAGGAUGACGACGAGGAGAUCGGAGGGCCCAAAGAAGAGCUCAUCCCCGACAAACUGGCCAAGGUAGAGAACCCACUGGAAGAAGCUGUCAAAUUCCUAAUGCCACUCAAACACCUGGUUAAAGACACAAUUGACACACACCUGCUGGCCUUUGAGAUCUACUUCAGGAAAGAGAAGUACUUGUUGAUGCUCCAGUCAGUGAAGAGAGCAUUGGCUAUAGACCCAGACCACCCUUGGCUACACCAGUGUCUAGUACGCUUCUUUAAAGGAGUGUCAGAGAGCAAGGAUCUACCAGAGGCUGUGAGGACGGUGCUGAAGCAUGAGAUCACCAGGCUGUUUGGCGACAGCAAUGCCAAAAGCUUCAACCAGGCCUUCCUCUCCAGGCACUCCAACUCCAUACCACACAGGCUGGCUGCUGCUAAAAUGAUGAUGUACCUGGACUCAUCAACAGAAACAAAGGCAGUGGAACUGGCCACUAAUCUAGAAGAGUCACUCACUAAUAGAACCGUACAGAUCUGCACAGAUGUCAUGGAGGGUCUUCGGAAUGGCACACUGGGUGACUGCAAGGAGCGGGCGGAGUCCUACCGUGCAGAGUGUCACAGGCUUUACCCCUACACGUCAGCAUUUAUGCCUCCUGGAUACGAGGAAAACACAAAGAUCGCCAAUGGAGAUGUCUCUACGGAGACUGAGGAGCUGGGCAAUGAAAUGUGAGCAUGGGUGGAGCAAUAGCGGUGAAGUGAAUCGGGCCUAGCAUGGAGCCUUGGGAUAUACCCGGCGGCUAUUUGUGGAGCCAGACACCAGAGAACUGAGAGGUGUUCUGUUCUCUGGCUCGGCUUGAUGGUCUGACCUGGAAAGGCUUGGCUCUGCACCACAUGGUGAAAAUCAGGACUGUGUGUGUGUGUGUGUGUGUGUGUGUGUGUGUGUGUGUGUGUGUGUGUGUGUGUGAGAGAGAGAGAGAGAGAGAGAGAGAGAGAGAGAGAGAGAGAGAGA